GAGAGAAAGCGGACCGUGUAGGAGCGACUGAGGCGGCGGCGGCGGCGGUUGCGGUUGCGAGUCGGUGUUGCCCCCGAGACGCGGCCAUGGAGGGCAAACUGGCCCCGAGCGCGGACAUCUACAGCACCGUCAACGGCUUCAUGGAGAAGGCGCUUCCCGACGGCAAAGCGGCGGCGGCGGCGGCGUCCAGGAGGAACGGCUUCGUCAGACUCGGCUCGGGCUCGGCACAGAACGGCAAGAUCCAUCACGUUACACAGAAUGGAGAGCUCUACAAAAAAACAUUCAGUCAGUCGUUUGAGGAAACACCUAUGCUCGUCGCAGUGCUGACUUACAUGGGUUAUGGGAUUCUUACAGUCUUCGGCUACCUCAGAGACUUUCUCCGGGAAUGGAAGAUUAAACCGUGUCGCAUUGCCACUGAACGGGAAGAGCAAAAGGAAUUUGUACCGUUGUACCAAGAUUUUGAAAACUUCUACACAAGGAACCUGUACAUGAGAAUUCGAGACAGCUGGAACCGACCCAUUUGCAGUGCUCCAGGGGCAAAGUUUGAUGUGAUGGAGAGAGUCUCCCCGGACUACAACUGGACCUUCAAGAUUACUGGCAAAGUCAUCAAAGAUGUUAUUAACAUGGGUUCUUACAACUACCUGGGGUUUGCUGAGAGCUACGGCUUCUGUGCAGAUGCAGCCACUGAAACAACCAUCAAGUAUGGAAGUGGUGUUUGUAGCACAAGGCAAGAGAUGGGUAAUCUCGACAAACACGAAGAACUGGAAGAGCUGGUAGCUAGAUACCUGGGCGUUGAAUCAGCACUGACAUUUGGGAUGGGAUUUGCAACCAACUCUAUGAAUAUUCCAUCACUUGUUGGCAAGGGCUGUCUUCUCUUGAGUGACGAGUUGAACCAUGCCUCAUUAGUCCUUGGAGCCAGACUGUCAGGUGCAACCAUCAGAGUUUUCAAGCACAACAAUAUGCAAAGCUUGGAGAAGCUGCUGAAAGAUGCCAUUGUACAUGGGCAGCCUCGGACUCGCAGGCCUUGGAAAAAGAUUCUCAUCGUGGUAGAAGGGAUCUACAGUAUGGAAGGCUCCAUAGUUCGCUUGCCUGAAAUUGUAGCUUUGAAGAAGAAGUAUAAGGCUUAUCUGUAUCUGGACGAGGCCCACAGUAUUGGGGCUCUUGGACCCACAGGCCGAGGUGUGGUGGAAUAUUUUGACCUCAGUCCUAAGGAUGUGGAUGUCAUGAUGGGAACCUUCACCAAGAGUUUUGGAGGAGCUGGCGGGUACAUUGGUGGCAAAAAGGAGCUGGUAGACUAUCUGCGCUCGCAUUCCCACAGUGCAGUCUACGCCGCGUCCAUGUCGCCACCUGUUACGGAGCAAAUCAUUGCCUCCAUGAAGUGUAUCAUGGGCGAAGAUGGCACCACUUUGGGUCAAGGCCGUGUUCAGCAGCUUGCAGAGAACACAAGAUACUUCAGAAGAAGAUUGAAGGAAAUGGGAUUCAUUAUCUAUGGAAACGAUGAUUCACCUGUGGUGCCUUUGAUGCUGUAUAUGCCAGCCAAAAUUGGUGCUUUUGGGCGAGAGAUGCUGAAAAGAAACAUUGGCGUGGUUGUAGUGGGGUUUCCGGCCACUCCUAUUAUCGAAUCGCGAGCUCGGUUCUGUGUGUCUGCCGCUCACACCACAGACAUGCUGGAUAUAGCUUUAAAAGUAAUAGAUGAAGUUGGUGACUUGCUGCAGUUGAAAUACUCUCGGCACAAGUUGGUGCCCCUAAUAGACCGUUCCUUCGACGAAACUACUUAUGAAGAAAACGAGGAUUGAACUGGACUGUGCCAGGCACUGGGCAAAUGCUGCAAGUCUUGUCUUUGCUUCCACUUUACAGAACCACUCUGCUUCUUUAUUUUUAACCUUCAAACUUAUUUAUUUUUUACUGAACUAGAGGGUUUUGUAUAGCGCCACUC